CGGAUCUUGAGUCUGUCUCUUUCUCUCCGACGAUGGCGACCGCCGGCAAGCCCGACGAUGCCGUGCUCUUCGCCGGCGUGUCCCUCGUGCUGGGCGCCGUCUGCCGCCACCUCCUCCGCGGCACCCGCGUCCCCUACACCAUCGCCCUCCUCAUCCUCGGCGUCGCCCUAGGAUCGCUAGAAUACGGGACAGAAGGAGGUCUAGGAAAACUUGGAGCUGGCAUUCGUAUAUGGGCUAACAUAAACCCUGAUCUUCUCCUGGCUGCUUUCCUUCCAGCCCUUUUGUUUGAAAGGGCCUUUUCGAUGGAUGCACACCAAAUAAAGAAAUGCAUGGUACAAAUGAUCUUACUUGCUGGCCCUGGCGUGCUAAUGUCAACAUUCUUACUUGGCACUGCUCUCAAGUUUACUUUUCCAUAUGAUUGGAACUGGGAAAUAUCAUUGUUGCUUGGUGGCCUGCUUAGUGCCACCGAUCCUGUUGCCGUGGUUGCACAUCUAAAAGAGCUUGGGACAAGUAAAAAGCUCAGCACAAUUAUUGAAGGAGAAUCCUUGAUGAACGAUGGGGUUUCUGUUGUUGUCUAUCAAUUAUUCUACCGAAUGGUUCUUGGAAGAAGCUUCAAUGCAGGGUCAAUAAUGAUCUUCUUAUCACAAGUUUCACUUGGAGCUGUUGCUCUGGGACUUGUGUUUGGAAUCAUAUCAUUACUAUGGCUGGGCUGUAUUUUCAAUGACACAAUCUUAGAGAUGACGCUUACUCUUGCUGUCAGCUAUCUUGCUUUCUAUACUGCGCAAGAUGCACUGGAAUUCUCUGGUAUUUUGACCGUUAUGACCUUGGGAAUGUUCUAUGCAGCUUUUGCAAAAACUGCCUUUAAGGGUGACAGUCAGCGAAGUAUGCAUGAUUUCUGGGAAAUAGUUGCCUACGUCACGAACACGCUUAUUUUCAUCCUCAGUGGGGUUGUUAUUGCAGAUGGUGCACUACAAGAUACUGUUCAUUUUGAGAGGAAUGGCACUUCAUGGGGCUUUCUUCUUCUGCUCUAUGUCUUUGUUCAGAUGACGCGGGUUGUAGUUGUUGGUGUUUGUUAUCCGUUAUUGGGCUACUUUGGGUAUGGUUUGGACUUCAAAGAAGCCACUGUUCUAGUUUGGUCAGGGCUGCGAGGUGCAGUUUCUCUAUCACUAGCACUGUCUGUUAAACGUGCUAGUGAUGCAGCUCAACCUCUUCUGAAACCAGAAGUCGGGACCAUGUUUUUGUUCUUCACUGGUGGCAUUGUGUUUCUGACAUUGAUAUUGAAUGGUUAUACGACACAAUUUUUAUUGCACAUACUUGGUAUGGACAAACUGUCAGCAACAAAGCUUCGUAUGUUGAACUAUACAAGACAUGAAAUGCUAAACAAGGCAUUAGAUGCUUUUGGUGAUCUCAGGGACGACGAGGAACUUGGAUCUGCUGACUGGGUUAUAGUGAAGAAAUAUAUCACAUGCUUGAGUAACUUGGAGGACGGACGUGUGCAUCUAGAUGCUGACAAGCAUGAUCACAUAUAUAUGAUGAACUUAACGGAUAUCCGAGUGCGUCUUUUAAAUGGUGUGCAAGCCACUUACUGGUUAAUGCUUGAAGAGGGACGGAUAACUCAAGCUACAGCAAAUAUUUUGAUGCGAUCAGUUGAUGAAGCUAUGGAUCUUGUUUCUAGCCGACCAUUAUGUGAUUGGAACAGUUUGCAGUCCACUGUCCAUUUCCCGAGUUACUAUAGGUUCCUUUCUUCUAUCAGGUUACCACACAGGCUUAUCACAUACUUCACUGUACAAAGACUGGAGUCAGGAUGUUACAUAUGUGCUGCAUUUCUUCGUGCUCAUAGAAUUGCAAGGAGACAACUACAUGAUUUUCUUGGUGAUAAUGAGAUUGCGAGAAUUGUUAUUGAUGAAAGUAAUGCCAUGGGAGAGGAAGCUAGAAAGUUCCUGGAAGAAGUUCGAUAUACAUUCCCUCAGCUGCUUUGUGUGCUGAAGACUAGACAAGUAACAUAUUCGGUAUUGACACACUUGAGUGAGUAUGUUAAAAACCUGCGGAAGACUGGUUUACUGGAAGAAAAGGAAAUGGUACAUCUGGAUGAUGCUUUGCAGACAGACUUGAAGAAGCUUAAGAGGAAUCCACCAUUAGUGAAAAUGCCAAGUGUUAGCGACCUUUUAGACACCCAUCCUUUAAUUGGCGUGCUGCCUGCUGUUGUGCGUGCUCCAUUGUUACACAACACAAAAGAAACAGUAAAAGGACAUGACACAACCCUUUAUAUGGAAGGCUCAAGGGCAACUGGUAUAUGGAUUGUUUCGACUGGACUAGUAAAGUGGGCAAGUCAGAGGCUAAGCAGCAUGUAUUCAUUGGAUCCAAUUUUAUCACAUGGAAGCACUUUGGGUCUAUACGAGGUGCUAACUGGAAAGUCUUAUAUCUGCGACAUGAUUACAUAUUCUCUUGUGCGUUCUUUCUUCAUUGAAGCUGAAAAGGUAGAUCAGUUGCGUCGGUCAGAUCCUUCUGUUGAGGCUUUACUAUGGCAGGAAAGCGCUCUAGUCAUUGCGAAACUUUUGAUCCCACGUAUAUUUGAGAGAAUAACAACGCAUGAGACGAGGCUUCUCAUUGCCAAAGGAUCUACUAUGAAAGUCUACACCGAGGGAGAAGACAUUGCACUUGAGCAUAAUCAAAUUGGCAUCCUACUAGAAGGGCUCUUGAAGGCAGAGAACCAAAAUAACAUCGUGUCUCCAGGAGUGCUGCUGCCAUCAAACAUGGACCUGGAGUUACUUGGUCUGCAGUCUUCAGCCAUGAACCAUAUGGACCAUUGCUAUCCAGCAAACAGUUAUCAGGUGCAAGCACGAGUUAGGGUUAUUAUCUUUGAAGCAGGGAGGCUCUUAGCAGAGGCCAAUCUACAGAGAAGCUCACCGUUGCUGACACUGAGCGGAGAGCACGGCAGUUUGCUAAGUUGGCCGGAAAGCUCCCAGGAAUCCACCAGCUUAGCUGCAACCAGAAACCAGCAGGGCAGCCUCUCUGCGAAAGCCUUGCAUCUCGGCUUGUAUGGCAGCAUGAAAGAAUCCACCGAAGAAGAAAUCAUCGUCACCAUCGAGUCCCCAAGCAAGCCAUCCUUGGGUAAGUCACCUGGCGCACUCCAAGGCGGCGACUGACCGAUGCAUGGACGCUGCUCAUGCGGCAGGUCUCGGCGUGUAUUAUCAUGUGUUGUUCGCGAGAGCACAGUGCCACUCCACAGAUUCACUGGUGGUUCUGAUGAAAGUUGUCCCAACACCCCAACUGCACAUUUUGAUUGGAUCGGAGCAGGGAUGGCAAUGGGUACCUAUGGCCCGUGUACCCACCGGAUAAAAAUCCAAUAAGAGUACGGGUAUCGAACAAAAUAUUACCCAUGAGUUUGUAACAAAAUAUUACCCAUGAGUUUGUAAAUGGAAAAAAUAUCACACCCAUCGGGUAGAGCUCGUACGGGUAUGAGAUCGUAGAACCCAUACCCACAUACCCAUUUAC